AGCGCCAGGCGAAAGGCAAAGCCUGGCCCAGUCGCACCGCCGAUACCUGCUCCAGAGCGUGAGUGCGGGCUGCCCGCCUUGCGCGUGCGCGCUGGGAGGGAGUACGAGGCGAGCGCGCCGGGCCGUUGCGGGCGCGUGACUGACGAGGUUGGCGGCGGCCGGCGCGCCGCGCGCCGGACGGGCCGAUAGUUGCGGGGCCUCCCGCCUCGCCCUGGGCUGCUAGCAACCGUGGCGGCCGCUGCGGACCGCAAGGGGCGGAGGAAAGGCGGGGGCCGGUCCCGGCAAACGGAGGAACGGCCGAGCAUGCCCCGAGACAACAUGGCUUCUCUGAUCCAACGGAUCGCCCGCCAGGCGUGCCUCACCUUCCGGGGCAGCGGAGGCGGCCGCCCCGCUUCCGACCUUGGAGCGGCGUCUGGCCCCGAGGCACCGAUGCCUCCUGGCUUCCUCGAAAACCUGAGCAAGCUGAAGAGCCUGCUGACCCAGGUCCGUGCGGAGGACCUCAACAUCGCCCCGCGUAAGGCCACCCUGCAACCGCUGUCGCCCAACCUGCCGCCGGUCACCUACAUGCAUAUCUACGAGACGGACGGCUUCAGCCUCGGCGUGUUCCUGCUCAAGAGCGGAACGUCCAUCCCGCUACACGACCAUCCUGGUAUGCACGGUAUGCUCAAGGUGCUCUACGGCACCGUGCGCAUCAGCUGCAUGGACAAACUGGAGGCGGGCGGCGGACAGCGACCGCGGGUCCUACCGCCAGAGCAGCAGUUCGAGCCGCCGCUGCAGGCCCGCGAGCGGGAGGCGGUUCGGCCCGGAGUACUGCGCUCUCGGGCCGAGUACACCGAGGCCAGCGGCCCCUGCGUCCUCACGCCGCACCGGGACAACCUGCACCAGAUCGACGCGGUGGACGGGCCCGCAGCCUUUCUGGACAUCCUGGCCCCGCCCUACGACCCGGACGACGGCCGUGACUGCCACUAUUACCGGGUGCUGGAACCUGUCAGGUCUAAGGAGGCCUCUGGCUCCGCCAGUGACCUGCCCCGAGAGGUGUGGCUCCUGGAGACCCCGCAGGCUGAUGACUUCUGGUGCGAGGGAGAGCCCUAUCCAGGUCCCAAGGUCUUCCCUUAAAGCAGACGGCCGCCCGGAGCGUUGGGCAGAAGAGGUGCCCUACCCUUAUCAGCCUGGCUGGCUGUGACCCACCACCACAAGGGCUCUCUCUCUUUGUCCCCAGCCUGGGUGUUGGAUUACUGGUGUGAGCAGCAGCCGCUUCCUCUGCAGCUUGGGAAGCAGGGGCAACUGGACCACAGCCACCCGGCACGGUUAUGGGGGCGGAGAGGGCGGGAGGCUAGAUUUCUUGGUAUUGUCAUUACCACCAGGGCUUUGAUUUGUGGGAGUGGGCAGGGGACUGAAGCGCUUCCAUCCUAGAGCCAUAAUGAAAAUAUUCUUCGUCCGUAACCCAGUCUAUACAAAAUACACUAAAUGAUUUUCUUAAUCCCACCGUUCGGUGAAUAGAAUUUGUUUUCCACUGCUGCCCUUGUGACCUUUUGCUCCUCAUAGUUUUAACUUACUGACUGCAUGACCCAAUGGUUUGAAUUGUUUGUAGUUCAAAUCAUUGGUACAAACGAUGUACUAAGAGUUGAGCUACUUUUCAAGUGAGUUGUCUUGCCUAAUUAAUUCCCUGUAAAAAGUAAAUCGUCUUUUCAGAAUUUGGGUAUCACUGUCAAAACAACUAUGCAUGUCAAGGACAAUUAAUUUUCUUUCUUCCACUUGCCCAGUAACCACAUCUGGUCUACUCAGGCAGCAUAUCUCAGUGAGAGCUGGUCACUUAGGGCUCAUCUUCCCCCAUGAAUCUCCAGAUCUGUGAGUUGAGCAGAUCUCUUGUUGCAGAUUUACCUUAAAUGCAAAGACCAUGUUAUCCUCAAGUGACUUUUUUCUUGUCUCAAUGUACUUUAAGAGAUGGUAGUGUAAUCCUGUGUUUUCUAACCGGAAGAUUCAGAGAACCUGAAUCUGUUAUGCUUCCAAACAACUGAAUGUAAAACAUCUCUAACCAACUGUUGAAUUCCAUACCCCUGUUUAUUUUCAAUAUCUUCCUGUAAAAGUAGACGAAUACUGUGUUGAUAACUGUUUCACAUUCUCCCAGGAACUCUACUGUUCCAGAGGGCUGUGGUUCUAGCUGCAUUGCUGGCAGUGUUGUCUCAGCCCUUACCCUCAAAUAAUAGCGUGAACUUGUUUCAUCUGAUGUGGAAGAGUUAGAAAGCAUAGAUGAUCUACUAGCCAUUUAGGGCACCAAAACUUGGGAUGAAAUAUUUCCUGCUCCCAACUCUUGAUAUGAACAGUUGUGCUAUCUGUAGUUUUAUUUUUGUCCUUUUCGUAGGCAGAGCAACUUUACCUUAUUUACAGAUGUAUUAACACCAUUUAUUUCAGGCCAUGGAGCACUGUUUCCCUCUUUUUACUAUUUAUAGGAUUCUUUUUUUCACAAAACUUUUCGUAAAAACAAACUGUAGAAAUAAACACAUUAAAAUUUGCCCAGCUGUCGUGUAAGCCCUCUUGAUUGACUUGCCCAUGUGGCAGUAGAGUUCUAAUAUUUGUAAUAAAGGGAUUUACUACUAUUAGUGGAAAGUGUGUGUUACCCCUAUAGGGGAACAAUAUGUGCCUUUCCCGCUUGAUGCAUACUAGUUUACAGAGACCCACAGGAAGAAGUAUUUGUUCCCAAUUUUUAAAAAAGUAUGAAAAAGCAAAUUCUUGAUAAGUGAUUUUCUUUCCCCUUAAACAGAAAAAAUGUAACAAACACCACAUGCCACUAAAAACCUGUUGUAAAACCUGACACAGGUGUAAUACCAAGCAUUUCCUCCAGGGUUGCUAAAAUUACCUUACUGUAGUUCUUGAGGUGAUGUGGUUUAAAAUGCCUUUAGGGCAAUGUGAAGCAGCUCUUCAGGCCUUUGAGAUUGAAAUAAAUUCUAGGUAUGCAAAUGAUGAUUUUCUUAGAAAACUUCACAAAAUAGAACUUAUUCAUAGCACAGUAAUGUGUGUGAUUAUCACAUACUUUUGUGAAUUACAAUGUAGCCAAAACUUGAUAAAUAUACAAGGAUUGUUGAUAGUAAUGUAUGUGUUACAGUGCAAUCUGGAGUAUAUUAACCUGCAGAAACAUCCUGGAAAAAGGACAGUAAUAAAGAAUCAUGAAAGACUUAAUUACAGAGAAAAGUGUUAAAUUCUCAAUUACAAGCAAUUUGUAGGAAAAAAGCUUAAGGUGCUUUUAUUCUCAAAGGAAUAAGUCAUUCCAGGCCAAAACAGCAGUAUGAUCUCUUUCUGGUUUAGUUUACUAAGAACAGUGAAACUUGGUUUACUAAUACAUUCUGAGUAAAUUAAUGGUGAAAAAAUGUAACAUUCCAAUGAGCCACUACAGAGAGAAUAUGCUCCUUAUAAAGUUAAUGUGGUGCAGGAAAUUCUUGCACCUCUGCAUAAACGGUUAUUCAAGACUGACUUGGUGUGUGCUGCUACUGAAUUUCCAGAUAGUUCUGCAAUAUAGAUUGUUUUAGUAGCAACUGUGGGAUAAAAAUUAUCUUCCCCUAGGAAAGACUAGUGAACAAAUGGUAUUAAUUGCUUAACUUUUUUUCUGUUGAAUAAUAAAUACAAUAAUUCCUUCUUAUGGAUGA